CCACGAACAAGUAGCAUGGCGACCGAGAAGUCCAAGCUCCUCAACCCGGCCGUGGGCCUCGGCGGCAUGAUUCCCGUCAAGCAAGAACUCCGCGAGCUCACGAGCAUGGCGCUCCAGCUCUCGCUGCGGCAAAUGGUGCGCCAGGUCAUGACGAUCACGGACGCGGCGUUCCAGGGCCACAUUGGCACCAAGCAGCUCGCCGGUGUCGCGCUUGCGGGCAUGUGGAUGGGCGUGCCCUCGGCCUUCAUCCAGUUUGCGAUCCAAGCGAUUUCGACGCUCUGCAGUCAGGCGUACGGCGCCGGCAACAACUCGCUCGUCGGCACGUGGCUCCAGACGUCGAUCGUCUUUGCGGUGGUUGGCGCGAUUCCCGUCAUGAUUUGGUACAUGUUUGUCGGCGAGAUGAUCGCGCUGACGAUGGACGACCCCGAGACCGUCAUGUACGGCUCGGAGUUUGCGCGCAUCAUGGCCAUCGGCCUCAUCCCGCAGUACAUUUACGGCUGCCUCACAACCUACUUUGCGACGCUUGGCGUGAUCAUGCCGGCGACGAUCUGCAGCUGCUUUACGAUGCUCCUCAACAUCUUCUUCAACCAGCUCUUCAUUUACGGCUGGGACGGCUUUGGCGGCUUUGGCUUUAUCGGCUCGCCGCUCGCGACCGUCGCCAGUACGUGCGUCCAGCUUCUCCUCUUUGUGCUCUACACGAUCGUGUGGCAAAAGUACCAUCAAAACUUCUGGGCCGGCUGGUCGUGGGACUGCGUCAAGAAGGAGCGCGUCCAGGUCUUCCUCGCGCUCGCGAUUCCGAUGGGUGCCUCGAGUGUCGUGGACUGGGCCUCGGCCACGCUCGCCGGUGCCUUCUCGGGCUACCUCGGCCCUAACAUUGCGGCUGCCCAAGCUGUCCUCAACGGCCUCUUUGGUGUCGUCAACUCGUGCGUCAACGGCUUUAGCAUGUCGACGCAGAUUCGCAUGUCGCGCUACCUUGGCCAAGGCAGCGCGGAAGGUGCGAAGCGCGUGCUCCUGAUUGGGUCGACGAUCGUCAUGAGCUGCUCGUUUGUGCUGUUGCUGGUCGUGCUUCCGUUCCGUCGCGAGCUCUUCAGCGUCUGGAGCAAUGACCCGAUCAUCAUCGACAUGUGCUCGGACGUCAUUGUCGUCUUUGUCAUUUGCAUCCUCGUCGCCUUCUCGCGCUUCCUUCUCACGUCGUGCUUGAACGCACUCUCGAUGGCCAACCUCAACUUGAUCGCCAACAACAUUGCGUCCUGGUGCGUCUACGUGCCGCUGAGCUACCUCCUCCCGAUCACGCUCGGGUGGGGCCUCGACGGCUUCUGGUGGGCCGACACGCUCGGUGAGCUCCUCAAGGCCAUCAUUCUCUUCUGGGGCGUCCUGCGCGUCGACUGGCACGACGCGGCCGACCAGGCCCAGUGCGCCGCCGAGGCCAAGGACGUCGAUGAUGAUGAAAAGCGCGAGCUCGACACGCUCAAGAACGAGGCCAUGGCGCCGACGCCGCCGAGCUUCAAGAGCCCCGCGGCGCUCGGCCUGAGCUCGACGCCGGGACGCACGCCCAACCGCACGAUGCAGCGCCGCGCCGCGGAGCUGACGCCCAAGGUCAAGCGUACCUCGAGCAACGUUCAGGUCUAAUAAUUGUUGGUGAUAAGUGCAACAUAAAACUCAACCGUUGAUAAUUCUACGCUCUCGUCUUGUGAUCCAC